UUUCGCCUUUAUAGACAUCACUUUAUCGUGGAGCAGUCUUUGGGAGAAGUUCGAGAAGUACACAUUUGUGGCAAAUUGAUUAUUUACAGCGAUGCCGAUUGAGGACAGAUCUUUGGACUGCUUGACAGAGGAGACCCCCCCUCCCCCCAAGGUUAAGACGGAUCCAACUCAACGGCGACGAUGGAAAACUCACAUCCAAAAGUUUAGGUUGUUGAAAGUCACUUCCGGCGAGCACUAUAUGUACAUUGACGACAACAAACUGCUGUCAGGUGUGGAUGUCUCCGAUGAAAAGGCUAAUUUUAAAGUCCACGAUAUCCUUGAUUAUGAUCCAAUGAAAGAUGUCGCUUUUCAUGUUAUCAUCUUGGAACACGCAAGCACAGGGAAAAUCUUGGCCAUAGAUAAAGAACAGAACACUUUGGUUAUGAAGGAGAUUGACCCGCCUCCAAGCGAGCUCAUUAACUUGCUAAAUGUCAGCAAACAACAUCCUGAGGUUCUCUUCUACAAGAUGCCUCGGUUUGAGCGAGCCCCGGAGUUUUUUCUGAAGUCAUACCUGAGUGACAAACCACGGGUCCUAAAGUUCGACGAGAACGGCCAACCGAAGCUUCACGUGCAGGAGAGAACAGAUUUCUACUUCAGACUGACACAGCCGUUAGAAGAUGCUGCUACAAAGUAAACAUGUAGUUGGUAGAGGAGCUGUUUCACAAUGACAUAAUUCAUUAGAACUGCUUAGAGAGACCCAACACAGUAUCUAAACUAAAGUCAACUUGAAGAAAUGUCUUCUUAUUUUACUCUAUCAUUUUUCAAGAUAUCAACUUAAAUUAAAAGAAAAAAGUUGAAGCACCAUAAA